AUGUUGAUAAACGUCAUUAAGCUCUGGAUGUGUCAAGUCGUGGUCUUCAUUUACCCUCCGUACUAUUUCAUCUUCACCACCCUUUCUCCAAAUGGUCAGACUGCUUUUUCGAUGCUCCUGCCUAUGACCAAACUGGCCAUGAGGAAUAUUUUCGGGCGAACUGUGGUUCACUUGAGUGACGAGGUAUUUGAAGUUAUCACAUUCAACAUCGAGAUUUACAACGCAAUCUUCAUUUCGUACUGUAUGCAGAACUCGCCAUCAUUUGGAACCAACACCGCAGCUUUAUUGGUGCAGCUGGCGCUGUUACUUCGAGAUGUUUAUGAGGCAACAUAUCGAAUAGAGCGGAUAGCGCGGCAGCUUGGAGAAGAACGCCAUUAUGGAGAUCCACGAUACUUGAUCAUUAAGUCAAGUGUUGGUUCUAGAGAAUUGGGUGCAUUUCAAAAAAGCAGAAACGCUACUGCGCGAACGGGUACUAAGGUCAAGCAAAGGAGGAGCAUUUCUAGUAUUCGAGUUCGAUCCGCCGCCAACAUCAACAACUCCACGAUGCAAGACGAUGACGUUCUAGCGGAAUCUAAUGACGCCGCUGGUGGCCUUGUUGUGGGGGACCACGAUCUUAAAUUUGAAUUCCGAGGUACAUUACAGAUGCAGCUCUCAGCUGGCGCUCGCAUUGAACCCGCGCCAGAACACGUGAGAUCGGCUCCAAAACGUGCCUCCCAGCAGUUAUCGUCAACUUCGUUUCAGUAUGUGCUAGAAGCGAGAAAACUCAUGUACCUGUCGGAGUUUCUUGUUCUGAUCAACUAUGUUGGUGUCUUCAUUCCGCUCAUAUUCUAA